GCAGCGGCACACCGGGCUGGACUCCGGGCAGAGGCACGCCGGGCUGGACUCCGGGCAGAGGCACACCGGGCUGGACUCCGGGCAGAGGCACCAGGCGGAGCGGCAGGCACCGGGCCCCCGGGCGGAGCGACAGGCACCGGGCCCCCGGGCGGAGCGACAGGCACCGGGCCCCCGGGCGGAGCGACAGGCACCGGGCCCCCGGACGGGGCGACAGGCACCGGGCCCCCGGGCGGGGCGACAGGCACCGUGCCCCCGGGCGGGGCGACAGGCACCGUGCCCCCGGGCGGGGCAGCGGGGCGCCGGGCCCCCAGGCGGGGCGACAGGCAUCGUGCCCCCAGGCGGGGCGACAGGCAUCGUGCCCCCAGGCGGGGCGACAGGCAUCGUGCCCCCAGGCGGGGCGACAGGCAUCGUGCCCCCAGGCGGAGCGGCGGGCGCCGGACCCCCAGGCGGAGCGACUGGUCUCGGGCCCUCAGGCGGAGCGGCGGGCGCCGGACC